CGGAUAUAUUUUGCCUGACACCUAACAGUUUCCAUCUGGUCCAAUCUCGCUCUUCUUACGAACUCCUCGACGCUUCUCUGCGCUUUCUUCCUCCUUCAACGGAUUUCCUCUUUCUUUCUCUUCAUUACACUGUGAUUUGAUACAUCUCAGAUCGCAUCUCCUCCCCGAAGCGCAACCAUCCAUGUCUCACGUUCCACUGAAGGCCGUGACUCUCACGCACGUCCGGUACCGGAAGGGCGAUCAGCUGGGCCAUUUCCUGGCCUGGGUCUCGCUGGUCCCCGUCUUCAUCAGCCUCGGCGGUUUCUUCUCCCACUUCAUCUUCCGCCGAGAGCUCCAGGGCAUAUUCUUCGCCAUUGGCUUACUCAUUUCCCAGUUCAUCAAUGAGAUCGUCAAAACGUCGGUCCAGCAGGCCCGACCCGAAACCUGCGUCAUCCUUGAGACGUGCGAUUCUCAUGGAUGGCCUUCUAGCCACGCUCAAUACAUGUUCUUCUUCGCCGUAUACCUAACCCUCCUCACUCGCAGGAGGCUGGGAUCCUUGUUUCGGUACCAAAUGUGGGUCGCCGUUCUCGUGAUCUGGCCGUUAUCGAUCUUAACCCUCUAUUCGAGAGUCUAUCUGGGAUAUCAUUCUGUGGCGCAGGUUUUUGCUGGGGCGGGGCUAGGUGCCGUGCUUGGUGGCGCCUGGUUCUGGGUGGUUAAUUCUCAAAUUAGACGCCAUUUUCCAGCCAUGGAAGAGACCGCUUUAGGGAGGUUCUUUUAUAUUAAGGACACAUCAGAUAUUCCAGAUGUAUUGAGAUUUGAAUACGAGAAUGCUAGAGCAGCUAGGAAGCAUGUUUCUUACAAGCGCUCCCAAUGAUAAUGUGAUUCGGAUUAUAGUUCAGGCUUAAAAUACACAACAUAGGCUAUUAUUCUCUGGAAAAUAUAUCCUUUCAAUUUAUUUAAUUCAUUUUCCUUUUAUUCACGGGAAGCAAGUAUUUCAGAAUGCUGAUCUGGUUGCAGUUUCUUUCUCCAAAAUUGCUAGCAUCUGGACUGUGAAUGUUCUUGCUGCUGGCGUUUGAAGAAUCCACGUUGGCACAUGAAGAGAUAACAGGAAAAAAAAGCAUUGACACCUUCUCACAUGCGUGUUUUAUGGCUUUUUGGACAUGUUAUACACGUAUUGGUUGUGCUUUACAUAUCUCGGAAAGAGUGGGACUAAAUUUUAGAGAAAAUUGCUAAUAGUAUGACUAAAAGAACCGUAGAUUUCUAAAAUAUGAUAUUACAGUUUUUUAUUUCUAAAUUAAUGGUGUUUUGCAUGUAUGAUGUGUGUUUUGUUGCUAUUUUUCUCCCUUCAUUCUAGUUACUACUCAUAAAAACAUGUUUAAGCAAGGAAUCCUC